AUGCACACCAUUUUCCGAAUUGAUGAAGUUCGAAAAUUGGACAAGAAAAGUCCACUUUAUGAAGUGGACCUCAAACUAACGUCAGAUGAUGACCAACAACUGCGUCAAUUAACCGAUCGUAUACGAGAAGAGGUCGACGGCACUGGAUGGUAUCGACUGGGUAAAUUGCUGCUCAAAAUUGGUCAAUUUAACAAGGCCGAAGAAUUAUAUACGGCACUACUAGAACAGACAUCCAACGACACUGCUACAGCACGUAUCUAUAAUAUGCUUGGAGAGGUGAAAUACGAACAAGGACAAUACAAAGAAGCAGGAUCAUUCUACAAAACAGCUCUUGAAACGUAUCGAAAAACUCUACCGAAAGAUGAUCCAACGUUGGCUGAAAUUUACCAAAAUAUUGGUGCAGCGCAUUACUCCAUGGGUAACUAUUCGAAAGCACUUGAAUAUUUCAAGACAGCACUUAUGAUAAGAGAAAAGGCCCUGUCGUUGAAUCAUCCCGACUUGGCUAAAUCCUAUUCCUGGAUCGGCUCAGUCUACAACCAAAUGGGUGACUACUCGAAAGCACUUGAAUUUUACGAAAAAUCACAUCAAAUAAAAGAAAAAGCUCUGCCUCCGAAUCAUCCCGAUUUGGCUAGUUCCUACAACAACAUCGGUCAAGUGUAUAACAACAUGGGUGAUUACUCGAAAGCACUUGAAUUUUACGAAAAAGAUCUCGAAAUCACGAAAAAAGCUCUGCCUUCGAAUCAUCCCGAUUUGGCUACUUCCUACGUUUGCAUCGGUCUAGUGUAUAACAACAUGGGUGACUACUCGAAAGCACUUGAAUUUUACGAAAAAUCACAUAAAAUCCUCGAAAAAGCUCUGCCUUCGAAUCAUCCCCAUUUGGCUACUUCCUACAACAACGUCGGUCUCGUCUAUAACAACAUGGGUGACUACUCGAAAGCACUUGAAUUUUACGAAAAAUCACAUCAAAUCUACGAAAAAGCUCUGCCUCCGAAUCAUCCCUUAUUGGCUACUUCCUACAACAACAUCGGUGGAGUGUAUAACGACAUAGGUGAUUACUCGAAAGCACUUGAAUUUUACGAAAAAUCACAUAAAAUUCUCGAAACAGCUCUGCCUUCGAAUCAUCCCAAUUUGGCUUCUUCCUACAACAGCAUCGGUGCAGUGUAUUACCACAUGGGUGACUACUCGAAAGCACUUGAAUUUUACGAAAAAUCACUUAAAAUACGAGAAAAAGCUCUGCCUCCUAAUCAUCCCGAUUUGGCUAUCUCCUACAACAACAUCGGUGCAGUGUAUAACAAAGUGGGUGACUACUCGAAAGCACUUGAAUUUUACGAAAAAGCACAUAAAAUAAAAGAAAAAGCUCUGCCUCCGAAUCAUCCCGAAUUGGCUAUUUCAUAUGGCAACAUCGGUCAAGUGUAUAACAAUAUGGGCAAUUACUCCAAGGCACUUUCGUUUCUCGAAAAGGCGCUAACUAUUCAACAGAAAACACUUCCGCCAUCACAUCCUCAUAUUAAAGAAACGAUACGUAGAAUUAACAAUGUUAAAAAGGUGUAA